ACAGAAGAGCCGAGAGAGAGGGGGCGAAGUGGUCGGGCGCGUAGCUUCCUACCAAUUUUUUCCUUGCGCAAAGCUUGCACUUGCAGAGAGAGAAAUCCAGAGCUAAAAGCGCCCCUUUAAUUUAGCUCGCCCCUCUCCUGCUUUCUCUCUCUAACCCAUCCCCUCCAACGCACACACAAAAACCAACAAAGCGGGCGUGUGAUCGGGCAGGGCAAGCGGCAGGAAAUAAAUUUCAUCAAAGCUAGAGGGCCUCCGAUCAGUAGGAGCGCUCAUGGGUGCCAUGAUGGCCUCCAUAACCAGCGAGCUCCUCUUCUUCCUCCCCUUCAUCCUGCUGGCCCUCCUCACCUUCUACACCACCACCGUCGCCCAAUGCCACGGCGCCCGGCGGUGGCGCCCGACGAAGAAGAAGCGGCCGAACCUGCCGCCGGGCGCCCCCGGGUGGCCCUUUGUCGGCGAGACCUUCGGCUACCUCCGCCCCCACCCGGCCACCUCCGUCGGCCGCUUCAUGGAGCAGCACGUCGCACGGUACGGGAAGAUAUACCGGUCGAGCCUGUUCGGGGAGCGGACGGUGGUGUCGGCGGACGCGGGUCUGAACCGGUACAUCCUGCAGAACGAGGGGCGGCUGUUCGAGUGCAGCUACCCGCGCAGCAUCGGCGGCAUCCUGGGCAAGUGGUCGAUGCUGGUGCUAGUCGGCGACGCGCACCGCGAGAUGCGCGCCAUCUCGCUCAACUUCCUCAGCUCCGUCCGCCUCCGCGCCGUGCUCCUCCCGGAGGUCGAGCGGCACAUCCUGCUGGUCCUCCGCUCCUGGCCGCCCUCCGGCGGCGGCGCCUGCUUCUCCGCCCAGCACGAGGCCAAGAAGUUCACGUUUAACCUGAUGGCGAGGAACAUAAUGAGCAUGGACCCCGGCGAGGAGGAGACGGAGCGGCUGCGGCUGGAGUACAUCACCUUCAUGAAGGGCGUCGUGUCCGCGCCGCUCAACUUCCCGGGCACGGCCUACUGGAAGGCGCUCAAGUCACGCGCGUCCAUACUUGGUGUAAUAGAGAGGAAAAUGGAAGAUAGGCUUCAGAAGAUGAGCAAGGAGAACUCAAGUGUAGAGGAAGACGAUCUUCUUGGAUGGGCGCUGAAGCAAUCCAAUCUCUCAAAGGAACAGAUCCUGGACCUCCUGCUGAGCCUGCUCUUUGCCGGACAUGAGACGUCGUCAAUGGCGCUGGCCCUCGCCAUCUUCUUCCUUGAAGGAUGCCCUAAGGCCGUCCAAGAACUCCGGGAAGAGCAUCUCGAGAUUGCUAGGAGACAAAGGCUACGCGGGGCGUCCAGAUUGAGCUGGGAAGACUACAAGGAGAUGGUUUUCACGCAAUGUGUCAUAAAUGAGACAUUGCGGCUUGGCAACGUUGUCAGGUUCCUGCACCGGAAGGUCAUCCGAGAUGUGCACUACAAUGGGUACGACAUACCAAAGGGAUGGAAAAUUCUGCCGGUGUUAGCGGCGGUUCAUCUGGAUUCGUCGUUGUACGAGGACCCCAAUCAGUUCAACCCUUGGAGAUGGAAGAGCAACGCGCCGAGCAGCUUCAUGCCGUACGGCGGCGGGCCGCGGCUGUGCGCCGGGUCGGAGCUGGCCAAGCUGGAGAUCGCCAUCUUCCUGCACCACCUGGUGCUCAACUUCCGGUGGGAGCUGGCGGAGCCGGACCAGGCCUUCGUCUACCCCUUCGUGGACUUCCCCAAGGGCCUGCCGAUCAGGGUCCAGAGGAUCGCCAGCGAGCACAGCGUUUUGACCAACGAGAGCACAGCAAUGUAGCGGCACGGUACGUGUCUCGCAGGGAGUACAGAGGAUCGUACAAUUUUCCGUUGCAUUUUGGGGCUUGGUGGUUCGUGUUCAUGUAGAUGCAUGUGAUAGUAAAGAAGAAGAUAGGAGGAGGAUAUGUGUACAGACAGAGUAAAGAAGAGGGGGAUGAUGAUGGUUGCAAAAUGUAGUAGGUUGUAAUAAGGCCGGCCCACGGCCCAUUCAAGUAAUAAUAGAGAUAUAGGCCCUGUUCGUUUCCUAA